AUGACUGACUCCCCGCUUGUCGACGAGUCUCCUAUUUCGCCGACCCUAGAGCGGCGCAACUCGCUGGAGAAAUAUCUCCAGCGCCGUCCGAACCCCCAGGAGCUCAAGGACAGACAUAUCCUGCUGGACACAAACGCUGCACCAUCGCUCCAAGCUGCACAGCACGAACUCGCUCGCCAUCGCGCCAUGGACAGCCUCAAGCGGCAUCUAGAAAAGAGACCGGAUAGAGAUACUCUUAUCGAACGCAACAUCCUUCCAUCCUCCACCGCCGCUCCGGCCCUGCAGGCCCAUGCCAAAGAAUUGGAAAGACAUAUGGUGGCGGACUCGUUGGAGCACAAGAUCCAAAACCGGCCAAAGCCAGAGGACUUGAUUAAAUCCGGGAUUUUGGAUGAGGACGAGGAUCCGAGGAAGGUGUGA